CCUUCCAGCGUGACGUACAGGAGGCGAGACCUCCCCCUUCCCUGGAGAGCCCCCCCAUCCCCGCUCAUUCAGAGAAGUCGUCGCUGAUCACACAUCAGCCUCAGCAAUCCAAGAACUGGAGAUACAGCUGCCGCCCGCGGCCCCGCUGACUAUCAAUGCCACCUGCUGCCCUGGGCAACCGAGAAGCCACAUCAUGAUAGCCGGCCCUAUAAUAGCCAUGGGGGCCACCCUGGGCACCGCCACCGGCUUCCUCGCCCUCUGCGGACUUAUGUGCCUGUGCAAGUGUUUUCAUAAAAAGAAGAUGCCCCAUGGCAGCGGGGAUGGCACCCCUGUCACCAUGGCCAGCGUGCUCCAGCCUGGGCAAGUGAUGAACGUCUACAGAUGCACCGAGCCAGUUCAGCCGCAGGCUAUGCUCCGCUUUCCUCACAUCAUCUCCACCAAGCAAACGUCCCCAGAGAUUGUUAAUUGCAAGGACCAAACUUUGAACAUUGCGGGGAACGAAGACGCGAAGGAAGAGAACAAACCGGUGGAAACCAUCUCAGGAGGAUUGGUCUCAGACCAGAUUCCUAAUACGUCUCCGGAUCAGGAGGGUGUUGAGAAGCUGAGCCCCGUACAUCAUACGCCAAAACUGCGCUAUUCUCUGGGGUACGACCGCCAGACAUCAGAGUUGUGUGUGUCUUUUCUGGAGGCUGUGGGCGUGUCAGGAGAGGAGGAUGGCGGAAGUCACUGCUAUGUCCUGGGUUCUCUAAAUACUCAUCAUGGCCAGACGGAGGCGCAGACAGCACUGGUGAAAAGAAAAGCUCACACGGUGUGGGAAGAGGCCUUACUGUUUCCUUUGAAGGAGGAGGACAGAGCCGAGGCCACACUCACACUCACCCUGAGAAACUGCGAUCGCUUCUCGCGCCAUCUAUUGGCUGGAGAAAUCACCCUGAGCCUGGCUAACAUUGGCAUUCCAUUUGGCACAGCACGAUGGGUGGACCUCAGGGCCCCCGAAAAGGAUGCAGACUCGUACGGUGAAGUCCUCCUGUCUAUGAGUUAUCUCCCGGCUGCCAAUCGCCUCAUUGUGGUGCUGAUAAAAGCCCGAAAUAUACAUUCUGAUCCAAACAACGACCUCAUGGGCAAAGAUCUGUACGUGAAGGUCACUCUGCUGCACCAGAUGCAGAAGCUCAAGAGGAAGCAAAGCAAAAGGGCGAAACACAAAAUCAACCCUGUCUGGAAUGAGAUGAUCAUGUUUGAGGUUCCUCCCGAAAUCCUGGGAGAGGUCAGAGUAGAGAUGGAGAUGCUCAGUCAAGAACCUUCCGGAGGACCUAGUGGUACCCUGGGCUCCUGUUAUCUGGGGUCAGAUCGGACUGGCGCAGGAAAGAAUCACUGGCAAGAAAUGAUAAGUAAUCCCAGGAGACAAAUAGCAAUGUGGCACCGUUUGCUCCCGUGAGAACCAUCCUCAACCAGCACCAAAUCAUAUGUGGACCAGGUCCUGUCAUGGUGUCAUCUCAUCUGGUCAUUCCUGGACCCUCAAAGCACUUUCUUAAAGGGGUACUCCCCUUAGUUCCGAACUUUGAGCGCAGGCUGCAGGGGUCGUCAAGUCACGGCCAUGCCCCUUGUGAUGUCAUGUCACACCCCCCUCAACGCAAGCCUAUGGGAGGGGGCGUGACUGACGUCACGCCCCCUCACAUAGACUUGCAUUGAGGGGGUGUGGCAUGGCCAUUAUGUCAAGACCCCCCACGAAAUGUUCCGAACACUGGGGCAGUGCAGUACCCCUUUAAAGGGGUACUCCGGCGCUAAGACAUCUUAUCCCCUAUCCAAAAGAAAUGGGGAUAAGAUGCCUGAUCGUGGGGGUCCCGCUGCUGGGGACCCCCGUUAUCUUCCACGCCACACCUCAUUAGAAUCACGCCCCCCUCCCAUAGGCUUGCAUUGCGGGGGCGGAGCCGUGACGUCACAAUGCUCCGUCCCCGUGAUCGCCAGUAAUCGGACCCAGAGCGAGCACGCUAUGGAGGCUGAUUCUAAUGGGGUGCAGCGUGGAAAAUCACGGGGGUCUCCAGCGGCGAGACCCCCGCAAUCAGGCAUCUUAUCCCCUAUCCUUCGGAUAGGGGAUAAGAUGUCUUUGCGCCGGAUUACCCCUUUAAAGGAGUACUCCCCUGGAAAAAAAAAAUAUUUCAAUC